AUGGAUAUCCACCGCUGUCGAUUCGUGUCUUACAACCCACAAGCAAUUAACUCGCUUGCCUUCUCCCACCCACCAUCCGCCGAUCUAGCCGGACGAGGCGUGCCUACCCUUCGACUCGCAAUCGGUCGAGCAAACGGCGACAUUGAGAUAUGGAAUCCCAUGCGCGGUGCCUGGUUCCAGGAAUCCGUCCUUCGAGGAGGUAGAGACCGCAGCAUUGAAGGGUUAACAUGGACUCUUGAUCCCGCCGAUGACGGACCCGACGGCUCCAAGCUACCAGGCCAACUCCGUCUCUUUAGCAUUGGGUACUCUGCCGCUGUUACAGAGUGGGAUAUUGAACAAGGCCGUCCACUCCGUCACUCAAGUGGGAAUUAUGGUGAAAUCUGGUGUCUUGCUGCUCAGCCACGCUGGGUGCCUACGAAAAGAGGGAAAGAUGGAAAAUUCCUCCCUCCCGCUGAGGGAGAGUAUACAGGCCAACACCUUGCUGCUGGAUGUGCGGAUGGAUCAAUUGUUAUUCUUUCUACUGCAGAUAAUGAUCUGAAGUUUCUGCGCUUGAUGCGUCCUUCUACUAAACGUGCUCGCGUGCUUAGCGUGACCUUUCAGAAUCGUCAUACUAUUGUUGCGGGUUAUGCGGAUAGUUCUAUUCGAUUGUUUGAUAUUCGGAGUGGACAGCAGUUGAGGACGAUUUCGCUGGGUAAGGGUCCUGCGGGGGGCCCGAAGGAAAUGCUCGUUUGGUCGGUCAAGUGUCUUCCAGAUGGGACUAUUGUUUCUGGAGACUCUGCGGGUGAAAUUCGGUUCUGGGAUGCUAAGAACUAUUCUCUUAUUCAGAGGAUUCAGAGCCAUUUGGCUGAUGUGUUGGAUGUGGCUGUUAGUUCUAAUGGGGAGACUGUGAUUAGUGGUGGUGCGGAUCAGAGAACUGUUGUCUACCGCAAGCAGGAUGGUGAGAAGGGUGAUAAGAAGUCUCGAUGGGCAGAGCUUAUGCAUCGACGAUACCAUUCACAUGAUGUUAAGACUUUUGCUGUUUACGAGACUAAGGAUAUUAGUAUCGCCGUCUCUGGAGGUCCCGAUGCGACCCCUGUUGUUUUGCCGCUUCGUGAAUUCGGAAAGGAACACCACCGCAAGCUUUCCAACCUGCCACAAAUUCCCCAACUUACCUCGUCUCCCGCUUCCCGUCUGGUCAUGAGCUUCUGGGAUAGAGAAAUUAGCUUAUGGCGUGUGUCCCGGGGCCCUACAUCAGUGCACGAGAACCUUGAUGGCCAAAGGCAUAGACUUGUUGGCAAGGUCAUGGUUCAGGGUGAAGAAAACAUCACCUCUGCCGCGCUAUCUUCCGAUGGAAAGAUCCUUAUUGUCGCGACUGUCUCGGACGUGAAGAUGUUCUCUGUCCGUCGUCGCAAGGGCGACGAAAAGGGAAGUCUUCGUAUCCAGAAAGUCGAUGUGCCAAAGGUUCUAUCCACAGAUGGUGCGCGUCUUGUGAAAAUCUCCCCUGAUAGCCGCUGGCUCUCUGUCAUCCGGCCCAACAGCGAUGUCUACAUGGCUAGAAUCCAGCCCACCUCUACAACCACCGAGAAGCCUCAGGUAUUACCGCAUCUUGCGCGUCUUAAGCGCGCAUCGCGCCAUGUACGUCACGAGAAGGUUUCCCACGGUACAUUGGGAGGUUACGAAAGGGCUAUCCGAACCAUUGUCUUCUCCGAAGACAGCAAAAUCGUGGCCACGGGAGAUCUGUCUGGAUGCAUUGACACCUGGGCACUGGAUGCUGCGACCGAGUCUAAGACCAAUGGCCAAUCUAAGAGUAAUGGAGCUGCUGGCUCUGAUGACGAAUCAUCCGACGAUGAAGACGAGGAAGUUGUGAUUGAAGGAGAGCGCUGGAGCAUGACUGCUUCCGAGUCCCCGAUCCCUCGUAUGAAGUCUGGAAUCACACUUCUAUCCUUCCGUCCCCAAAGCACACCAUCAAAGGCACUUACCAACGGUGCCAGCCAAAUAGCCUCAAAUGGCGAAGAUAGACUCAUGGUUCUGACUAGCGAGCAUCAACUCAUUGAGUUCGAGGCUCUGAGCGGCAAGCUCUCUGACUGGUCCCGCCGCAAUCCCAAGGCUUAUCUCCCUGCAGAGUUCCGAGGCGUGAAAGACCGUGCCAUGGGUUGUCUAUGGGAUGUCUCCGAGAGCCGGGAUCGUCUCUGGCUAUACGGUACAUCCUGGUUGUGGAUGUUUGACCUAUCUCAAGACUUUCCUGCGCCCGAAGAGGCCGAAGCCGAGAACAAGGCCUCCGGCCAACUUGUCCAAGCCUCAAAACGCAAGCGCGACCUCCUCGACGAGGAAGAGAAAGACCGCAAGAAGUCUAACACCGGCGCUGGUGAUCGAAUCCCUCGUUCGCAGAUGGAUAUCCAUCUUGGAACCAAAGUCCGAAAGAUCGUCGGCAGCGACGAGUCCCAAGGCGAGUGGAUCUCGCUGGAUCAAGAGCGCCCCCGUGUUCCCGGUGAAGAUGACGAGUCUUACGAAUAUGACGAGGCCUCUGCGGCUGGUAAUGAGGCAACCCUUGCUCGUCUCCGUCGUGGAGACGGAGCAGCAGCUGCCGAGAACGGAACGGUUCAGAAGGGCAAAUCAGCUCCCGUUAAUGGACAGGGUGAUACACCGAAUAACCAGAUGGUAGUGGUUAAUGGUGCCUCGAACCAACCCCCACGGCGGUGGUGGCACACGUACAAAUACCGUGACAUUCUUGGAAUUGUGCCCCUCAAUGCCUUGGAUGGCGAGGAGACAGGAGAUGGUUUGGAGGUCGCGGUUGUUGAACGACCUUUGUGGGAUGUUGAGUUACCUGGAAAAUAUGUCAAGGAUUAUGAGUGA